GCCACACACAACAAACACAAAAACUACCUCUCAACGAUCAGUCGAGCAUUGAAUGCGGAACGUGCGAGUUUACCACGCGAAUACCGACGGAGAGAAUCUCAAACAACCAAUGGUGUAUGAAUGUGAUUGUGUGAAAAGAAAACAAACAACGACGUGAUAUCAGACAAUAGACGACCGAGACUACAGAAAGUUUAAAUGUUUAUACGAUCAGCCUUAAUAAAUUAAUUAAAAAACAACAAAGCCAAACAAGUGAACGGAGAAAAAAUAAAUAAAGUCUUUCAAAUACCAGAGUAAAGUACAGGCCUAAAAUCUUAAUUUAAUUCCAAAAAAAAUAUAUAUUGGAUUUUAUUCUACAAAAAUUUUUUGGAAUAUAAACAAGAGUAGUGAAGUGUUUACAAAAUUUAUAACACAUUAACGUAGAGUUCCCUUCAAAGAACGGUGUGCGAAAUACUGAAUUGUAUCAUACAUCAUCACUCAGAGUAGUUAUACUCAGCCAGCCCAAUAUAGCAAGAAAACCAAAAGCUCAACGUUUGUUUCUUUGGGUUUCAUUCAUAAACACUUCAUUUGCGUUGGCGUUUGUUUGCUCGUUUCUAAAAUUUUAGCAACAAAAUGGACAAAAAACCUCCGUUGAGUUCCUUCUGCUUCUGCACAUCCACCCGCAAUGGUUCAAUUAUCUCUGGCUUGUUGGCCAUCAUAUUGUCCAUCAUAACAAUAGUCAUCAUUUUUACUACGCGCGUUGCAUUUAAGACCAUAUUUUUAGAUUUGGAUACAAAUAUUGUCAAAAUAAUAUUGGUCAUUAAUCUUGCCAUGACUAUUUUGAUCUCAACUCUGAUGAUAGUGGGUGUUCUUAAGCGUAACCAUUAUAUAAUGAUGCCUUGGGUGGUAAUGGGCAUUAUGAUAGCCAUUGGUCUACUGGUAUCGGUCAUCUAUACCGCUGUGGUCUUCUUCAUCGAUGGUUAUGUACACUCUGGUGUUCUAUGGCUGGUAUUUGGCUUGAUUUGUUGUGUCAUUUUAACCUACUUCUGGUGUGUGGUCUACAGCGAAUUCACUGUACUAUCUCAAGAAAACGAAAGAGGGCGCUACAAUAAACAGCCAUAUAGACGAUAAAUUCCGCCAGCGAAUAACAUAUAACAAUUUAUUAAUAUUUAUUUAAUUUUGUAUUCAUAAUUUUUUAAUGAAUUUAAUUUAGCAAACACUUAACAAACAAAAACCUACACUCAAACAAAUUUGUUAUUUGAAAACAGCAAACAUAGGGCUACUGUAUUAGCAAACAUGUCUUACUGCUAUUUCAACUAAAAAAAUCUGCUAAAGUGAGUCGCAAGUAGGCUGAAAAAAAAUAUUUAUGCUACUUUUUAUGAUUGCCUGUUAAUUGUUUUGAUUACUUUAGGCAUUUUUUAGAAUUAAGAAUUUUAGAAAUUUUGUUGGAAGAGAUGAUUUGGAAUAUCACUGUAAAGAAGCAAUCCAUCCAUUGGUAUACAUUUGGAAAUGUGCCUGAGCUAGCUCGCAUUUUUGGUUAUUACUCUACCAAACUGCAUAGGAUGGGCAUGGCCUUUUGUAUCUAAAUUUAAAGAAAAAAGAUUAUGGAAUGUGUACAUUCAGUGGUGAUUAUAAACAUCCACUGAGACACACAUUUAUGUAUGUGUUUUAUUUUUAUACCCUCCACCCAUGGUACAAUUAAGAGGUAGGGUCAGCACAACAACAAAUCUCUACCCUCAAAGAAACUACCUUGAUUAGCAAAUAUCGUAAAUUGAAAUGUCAAUUGUUUUACAACUUAUCUUUUUCAAAUGUGAUUAAUUUUUAUAUUUUCAUCAUUAUAACACUGUUUUGUGGUUUAUGUGUGGAAUAUCGGAUCAAAAAGAACAUCCCCUCGAGAUUUUAGAAAAAAAUCACAGCUGUGUUAUCAAGCCUUUGACAUUUAGAUAUACUACAAAAUUAAAACAAUAAUAAAAAAAAAUUCUCAGCUUGGGGUAUACUAAUUUCGUCAUUCUGUAUGUAACACUUCGAAAUAUGCGUCUAAGACCCCAUAAAGUAUAUAUAUCAUGACAUUUUAAGUCGAUCUAGCUAUAUUCGUACGUCUGACUGUCGAAAGCACGCUAACUUUCGAAGGAGUAAAGGUAGCCGAUUGAAAUUUUGCAUAAAUACUACCUAUUAGUGUAGGUCCGUUUGUAUUGAAAAUGGGCCAAAUCGGUCCAUGUUUUGAUACAGCUGCCAUAUAAACCGAUCUUCCGACUUGACUUCUUGACCCUCUAGAGAGCGCAAUUUUCGUCCGAUUUGACUGAAAUUUUGCACGUGGUGUUUUAGUAUCACUUCCAAAUCUGUUCAUAACCUGAUAUAGCUGCCAUACAAACCGAUCUUGGGUCUUGACUUCUCCAGCUUUUAGAGGGCGCAAUUCUUAUCCGAUUUGGCUGUAAUUUUGCACGUGGUUGUUGUUGUUGUGGCCACAUUUUCAUGUGAAGGUGGCGAUCCUUAUCAAGCUCCUGUAGGUGAGCCAACUCGUUCCGGCCCAAAGGACCGAUCGCCGGGGGAACAGGGAGACCAUUGGUUAUUUUAAGGCGCCAAUAACUCGCCUUGUCAUAUUGAGCAUCAUAGGAACUCAGUAUUUGUGCAAGAGCCGGUGCCGCCCGGCCUCUCACUGAGACUCUCCGCUCGACACCGCUGAUUGUCCGCGAUUGUCGUUGCAGCUACUCCAUAUGGAGCAUUCCACUAUCCACAACGUAUGGACGCGCCCACAGAUCGGACCUCAAUGUUCCAGUGUGGUACUCACAGCAUUCCCGUGCCGGGCACGUGGUGUUUUGUUAUGACUUCCCAUAAUUGUGCUAAGUAUGGCGCAAAUCGGUUUAUAACCUGAUAACCUGAUCAAGAUCCCGGAUCUGUUUAUAUGGCAGCUAUAUAAACAGAUGCGGGAUCUUGACUUCUUGAGGCCACAAUUCCCAUCCGAUUUAGCUAAAACCUGAUAUAACUGCCAUACAAACCGAUCUAGGGUCUUGACUUCAGCAGCUUCUAGAGGGCACGCGAUGUUUUGUUAUAGCUUUCAACAACUUUGCUAAGUAUGGCACAAAUCGGUACAUAACCUGAUAUAGCUGCCAUAUAAUAAACCGAUCUGGGAUCUUGACUUCUUAAGCCUCUAGAGGCCGCUAUACUCAUCCGAUUUGACAGAACUUUUGUACAACUACUUCUCCCAUGACCUUCAACAUGGUCAUGAGGUGUUUUGUUACGACAUCCAACAACUGUCCUAAUUAUGGCGCAAAUCGGUUCAUAACCUGAUGUAGCUGCCACAUUAACCGAUCUGGGAUCGUGACUUCUUAAGCCUCUAGAGGCCGCUAUACUCAUCCGAUUCGACAGAACUUUUGUACAACUGCUUCUCCCAAAACCUUCAACAUACGUGUCCAAUAUGGUCUUAAUCUAUAUAUAGCUUGAUGCAGCACCCAUAUAAACCGAUCUCCCGAUUUUGCUUCUUGAGCCCCUACAAGACCCAAUUCUUAUCCGAAUGGCCUGAAAUAUUACGCAGUGAUUUCUACAAUGUUCAGUAUUUAAUUCAUUUAUGGUCCAAAUCGGACUAUAACUUGAUAUAGCUCCAAUAGCAUAGCAGUUCUUAUUCAUUAUUCCUUAUUUGCCUAAAAGGAGAUAACGCGCAAAAAACUCGACAAAUGCGGUCCAUGGUGGAGGGUAUAUAAGAUUCGGCCCGGCCGAACUUAGCACGCUCUUACUUGUUCCGUCUAACAUCACCUUCAUAAUAAAGCAGCAGUCAUUUUCAGCAAACAACAGCAGUAAGCCUGCUACUCUGAAAUUGCAGUACUACUGCUGUAAUAGCAGAACUACUGCUACAAUAGCAGCAAAAUUAACUACUAAUAUUCAGCAGACAGUGUUUGCUAUUUUCAGCAAACUUUUUUCUACGAGUGUUACUACUAAAUUUAUGUGUAGAGAGCUCUCUCUCUCUCUCUGUAACUCCUAAAUUUAUGUGUAGAGAGCUCUCUCGCACAUAAAUUUAGCAGUUACACUCAUAGAAGAAAGUUUGCUGAGGAAAAAAAACAACAACAAAAAUCCAUACCGAAUUUUAUCUCCAAUGUGAUGAAAAUUUAUUGUUUUCAAAAAAAAAAAUAAUAAUAA